UAGUUUUCGUAAAUUGAAUUAGACCCUUUUUUCAAAUGUGGUUAAAUAGACCGCUUAUCGGCCGUAUACAAAAAAUAAUCUUAUCGAUGUAUUCUAUAAAAGUGUCCAGAACUAAUAGUCUAAGCCAAAGAUUUAGAUGUGCUCCAAGUAUUUGGUGAAUGGAAAUAUCACUUUUGAAAAACUGUCGUUUAGAUUUUGCAGAAUCUUAAAAACUUCUUAAAGGAACUCGUAUCGGUAGAAAACUGUAUUUAUUUAUAGCAGCAAGAAAUGGACAAAUGGUUGGCGCCUGUCCUCAGUAGCUUAUCUACGGAGUUUGCGGAUUGUCGUGUUAUCGUAGGCUCUAAAACUUUCGAGUGCCAUAAAGUUAUUUUGGCUAGCGCCUCAGAAUUCUUUAAGGGCAUGCUGUUGGGUAAUUUCAAGGAAUCUAUUUCUGGGGAGAUUCACUUACAGAAUGUGACGCCAGAGAUCUUUGAAAAAUUUCGUAAAUAUGUUUACAGCUACAACAAUCAAACGCUUAAUGGAUAUGAAAAUGCUGAUUUAAUGGAUCUAUACGAGUGCGGUAAUCAAUGGCUGGUGCCGUCAAUAACCUCCGACUGUCUGAGCUUGCUGUCCGAACGUGCCACAGCCAUGAAUCUGGACGGACUUAUUGAGCUUUAUGAAUUUGCUCAUAACUAUGAAAAUAAGUCCUUCAUUCAGACACUUACUUCUCUUAUGAUGACUAAACAUUCCGGUCAGUUGCUGUGUGAACGAGUCCUUCUACUUGGUUCGGAUGUUUUUAUUCAAUAUAUCACCACGGUUGCCAAAAUGAAACCGGAAACUGAACGUUAUAAGAUAAUUGAAAAGUACCUGGAAAUAAAUGGAUUUCUGAAGGAUAUAAAUGAUAAAGAAGAGCGUGAAAUAAAUGCUAUGACUCAAUUUGACAAUAAUGAGAAUGAACUGAAUAAUAAAGCAGAAAACAACAAAACAGAACCAGAUACCCAAAAAGCGCCAGUGAAAAAUGAUAACGCAAACGGCGAGAUUAAAGGAAAGCUUAAAGCUGAUUUUGUCAAAUCUUUACUUUGUUCCAUAGACUAUACAAAAAUGAGUGUUAAUGAGUUCUACAGUGGUCCCGGUAAAUCUGAAUUGCUGACAUAUAAAGCCAAAUACGACAUCCUAUACAAAAUUGCUAUGAAAAGAAGCCCUCCACAACCUGCGUUCGGACGCAGCUUUAUGUGA